GGCAAGUGAAUUUCUUUUUUAUUUUCUCAGCUGUAAAAUGAAGAUAAUAGUAUCUGUGUCCCACAGUGCAUUGAGACUGAGAUAAGUAAAUAUCUGUAAACAACUUGGAACCCUGUGUGUCAGAGAAUAAGCAACUAUUUUUUUUUAUUUAUAUAGGUUUUAUCUCCCUUGCUAAUAAUUGAAGUUUCCUUGGAGAAUUGAGUUCAGGAUUUAUAUCCUAAAGGAAAAUUGGCCAGAAAGCUGGUGUUCACCCUCUUGUUCCAUUUAAUGGUACACCUCUUGAAGAGCCUAAAUUCUCCACCAGUCUGGACUGGUUAUACCUGAAUGUACAAGGAGCUACUGUGUGUUAGAUGUGAAGCCAGAGGCCACCCUGGACUGUGUGGGUUUACACUGGUUGGGUAUAGUUAGGAAAUCUCCAAUAGGUCUGUGCUUAAAUUCUUUCUACGUGGCACCGUGACUCAAACAGGGAGCUUUACUGGUAGUCCAGACAUACUUUGUCUUCCACACAGCUCUUAUGAGGGUUAUGACUCAUUGAUUAAAAAGAAGAACUUUCCCAAAUACUUUGCACUUUUGACUUCAUACUAUGGAUACCAAGGAAGAGAAGAAGGAACGGAAACAAAGUUAUUUCGCUCGAUUGAAAAAGAAAAAACAAGCCAAACAAAAUGCAGAGACAGCCUCAGCUAUAACUACAAAGACUCAUACUGGAAAAGAAGAUGUUAAUACUGUCAUUUUAGAGCAAGAUAAGUGCAACAUUGCUGUGGAAGGGGAAUAUAUUACUGAUGAGAAGAAAAAGAGAAAAAAUAAUCAGUUAAAGGAGAUCAGACGUACAGAACUAAAGAGAUAUUAUAGUAUUGAUGACAAUCAAAACAAAACACAUGAUAAAAAAGAGAAGAAGAUGGUGGUUCAGAAGCCCCAUGGUACUGUGGAAUACACCGCGGGAAGCCGGGACACCCUGAACUCCAUAGCACUGAAGUUUAACAUCACUCCCAACAAAUUAGUGGAACUGAAUAAACUUUUCACACAUACUAUUGUUCCAGGCCAGGUUCUUUUUGUGCCAGAUGCCAACUUUCCCUCGAGUACCUUAAGGUUAUCAUCAUCUAGUCUUGGUGCUACAGUGUCUCCUUCAUCAUCAGAUGCAGAAUAUGAUAAACUGCCUGAUGCUGACUUAGCAAGAAAGGCCAUAAAACCCAUUGAAAGAGUCUUAUCAUCUACUUCUGAAGAAGACGAGCCAGGCGUGGUAAAAUUUUUAAAAAUGAAUUGUCGAUACUUCACCGAUGGAAAGGGUGUGGUCGGAGGUGUCAUGAUUGUCACUCCUAACAACAUCAUGUUUGACCCUCAUAAGUCCGACCCUCUGGUCAUUGAAAAUGGGUGUGAGGAGUACGGCCUCAUUUGCCCCAUGGAAGAGGUGGUUUCCAUUGCCCUGUACAAUGACAUUUCCCACAUGAAGAUCAAGGAUGCCUUGCCAUCUGACCUACCUCAGGAUCUUUGUCCUCUGUACAGGCCUGGAGAGUGGGAAGACCUGGCUUCAGAGAAGGAUAUCAACCCAUUUAGUAAGUUCAAAUCUCUCAACAAGGAAAAACGGCAGCAGAAUGGAGAGAGAACCAUCACUUCGGAUUCCAGAUCAACAAGACCUUCGGAGAAAUCCACAGAAGACACAUCUACAAAGCCUUCAGACAGCUCUGUGUCAGGGAAGUUCAAGAACCUGGAAUCCUCUGUGGAGGCCUCCAGUGGGCCGACCACAGUCACUAAAGUCAGCAAGGAACCUCCUGACACGCAUACUGAACUGAAAUCUAUAGCCAAAGAAAAUUCCCUCUUAGGAGAAGAAGAUGACUUCGUUGACUUGGAAGAACUUUCUUCUCAAAAUGAUGGUGGAAUGGACAGGAGAGUAACCUCAAAGGAGUGCCUUUCUCGUGACCCAGAGGAGCAAAGGAAGGCUAAGUCACAGAUAAUCAGUUCUGCUCCGGAAGUGCAGGUGCAGUCAGCCCUGAGCUUUUCAAGAACAGAGAGCGAUGCUGAACUGAAGGGGGCCCUGGAUUUGGAAACCUGCGAGAAGCAAGAUAAAAUGCCAGAGGUGAAUAAGCAGCCGGGCUCUCCAGAAAGCCAGGUGGAAAACACACUGAACAUACAUGAAGAUCUCGAUAAAGUUAAACUCAUUGAAUACUACCUUACUAAGAACAAAGAAGGGUCCCAGUCAUCUGAUAACUUGCAGGAGGCAGAACUAAGUGAUGACAAAAACAUUGAGCCAGUGGGAAUAGACAUCACCCUCAGCAGUUCUCUUGCCCAGGCCAGUGAGCCACCAACCGAGGACAAUGAAGAGCCAGAUAAAAACUGGGUGAAAAAAAGAGCCCCCCAUCCACUGCAACUAGACUCUUCUACAGAAGAAAAUAUGAGUAAAGAGUCUCUAGACAACUCUUUGGAAUCUGCUCUGGACAACAGCUCUGAAGGUGCACAAAUGGAUAAUAAAUCUGAAAUCCAGUUAUGGCUGUUAAAGAGAAUUCAGGUGCCCAUUGAAGAUAUGCUUCCUUCAAAAGAAGAGAAAAGCAAGACUCCACCCAUGUUUCUGUGCAUUAAAGUGGGAAAGCCAAUGAGAAAAUCUUUUGCCACUCACGCGGCAGCCAUGGUCCAGCAGUACGGCAGACGGAGGAAACAGCCCGAGUACUGGUUUGCCGUUCCUCGGGAGAGGGUGGAUCACUUGUACACAUUCUUUGUUCAGUGGUCUCCUGACAUCUAUGGGAAGGAUGCCAAAGAGCAAGGCUUUGUGGUGGUGGAAAAGGAAGAACUGAAUAUGAUCGACAACUUCUUCAGUGAGCCAACCACCAAGAGCUGGGAGGAAGCAAGCAGGCAGUUCUCACCGGGUACGAUGAGGGUCCGAAGAUUGCCCGUGGACAUUCAGAUUUUCUAUUGUGCCAGACCUAACCAAGAACCUUUUGUGGAGAUCAUCACUGUUGAGGAGGCAAAGCGAAGGAAGAGCACAUGCAGCUACUAUGAGGACGAUGAUGAGACAGCCCUGCCUACUCUGCAGCCCCACAGUGCGCUCCUGGAGAACAUGCACAUCGAGCAGCUGGCCCGACGCCUUCCAGCCAGGGUACAAGGGUAUCCAUGGAGACUCGCAUAUAGCACAUUGGAGCACGGGACCAGCUUGAAAACUCUCUAUCGGAAAUCAGCGUCUCUAGACAGUCCUGUCCUGUUGGUUAUCAAAGAUAUGGAUAAUCAGAUUUUUGGAGCAUAUGCUACUCAUCCUUUUAAGUUCAGUGACCACUAUUACGGCACAGGCGAAACUUUUCUCUACACGUUUAGCCCCAAUUUCAAGGUCUUUAAGUGGAGUGGAGAAAACUCAUACUUUAUCAAUGGAGACAUAAGUUCUUUAGAACUUGGUGGUGGAGGGGGACGAUUUGGAUUGUGGCUAGAUGCUGAUUUGUACCAUGGCCGAAGCAAUUCAUGCAGCACUUUCAAUAAUGAUAUUCUUUCCAAAAAGGAAGACUUCAUAGUUCAGGACCUUGAGGUGUGGACAUUUGAGUGAAAUUCAGGCUGCCUUAAAAUACAACAUUAAAAAGACUGGGUUUGAUCAGCCCUCCCGAAGCUGGCUGGAAGACAAGGCGCCGGGCCAGACGGCUUCAUCCCGCCCUCAUGCUUUCUUUCUGUCGUCAUCCCGGGGCAUGAGCGCGUUGCAGAGGUCCCGAAAGGCGCAUGUGGAGGGCAGACAGACGGCAGAGAUUGGAAGUCCAGGUUGCUUAAGACUUUGUACGCCCACUUUCUUCAGAUCCAUUCAGUGAGGAAUCAGAGUAUUUAUAGAUGUAUGAGUUGAAUGCAGUUUUUAUUUUUGGUAACUGUGAAAACAAAAAUGAUACUGUGGAAAUAUAUACAUGCCUUGUGUAUUUAUCAACAUAAUUUUCAUUACCAAAAUGUACAGCAUACUAUUGUUUGCCAUGGGAAAGGUUAGGCUCAUUUAGAAAAAUUGAAAGUGCACAGCACUUAAAGGGAAUAUGUACAUGAUUUUUUUUAAAAAAACUUAUUUAUUAUUUCUAGUAUAUUGUCUGAAAUGUGUUGCCAGUUUUUUCUUUUAAUGUGUCAAAUCUUGAAAUAAAGAAAUGUGCUAUGUUUUGGCGACAAUUCCAUUUGAUUUAUAUAGUUUUAUAUUGAGCUUUUUUUGCCCUGAUUGUUUAGGGUAAUAGAUCUUAAACAGCAUAUAUAUAUAUAUGCUGAAUUGUGAAUUUUGAAAAACUCAUCACCAAUGUUCAUUGAUUUGACUAUUGUAGGCCAGCUUUCCAUUUAGUCAUUAAAAAGGUACAUUUUUAGUUACUUACUCUGAACAUAGUGUAUAAAGAAAAAUAAGCCAUUUCUCAUAGUUAUAAUUUGAUAUUUACAGAAGUGGAUACCUUUAUGAACUUAGACUAGAACAAACCCUGCUUUUGAAUAGAAAAUGUUUUGCUUCUUAUAAAAUCAUUUGUGUUAGUAACAAAAACUUUAUUUUCAUAGCGUUUUUGCAUAAUUUCCCCCAAGUUUUUACACUAACAAAUAGGCCUCUGUUUUUAAAGGAACUGAAUGUUUCAAUUUCUGCAUAUUUUAUAUCAAAUGAAAAAGAUCAAAUUAGCCCAUUUGUCUUGGUUCCUAGACUCUUUUGAGAAAAAAAAAAAAAAUGCAAAGAACUGCAUUCCUACCAAAAUUGGAAUAAAAAGGUAAAACCUAUUUUUUAACAUCAACCCAUUUUUACAUCAUAAAACAUUGUUUUAUUAAAUAUAAUAAUAAAACCUUAUUGAAAUGUAACCAAUAUUAUUGAUUGCUAGACUUUUCUGAAAGCCAAAGACUGCUAAUGUAAAACAUUUUCAAGUAAUAGCCAAAGCUGAGAAGUGGCCUGUCAUAAAUUACAUCCCCAGUGUGAUCUCGGAAUGAAAAUAUUAAUAACGAAAGUAGUAUUUAUAUAACUGCAUUUAGAGAAAUAAAGUUCUUAGAAUGUAAGCCUUAAGUUGGCAGAAUAUUUCCUUUAGAUCAUCUCUUAUUUUAGACUAUUUAUAAAAGAGAACAAAUUGCCAAGUGGCCUUUUGUCAGAUCAACAGUUAUUUAACUCCACUUACAUUCCAUGCAAGUUUAAAAGAAUGCUGUAAAAUCUUAAGUCUGUAGCCUGGGUGUGCUUUCCCCUGAGUUCUUCUAUUGAGAAGUCUUGAUGAAGAACAUAUUUCAGUUUAACCUUAAUCUGCUCAUUAAAUGAUGUGUUGGUGUGAGAUAUCUGGAAUGUCUCAUGAUGAUCAUGUUUACCAUUUAUGCCAUUUGCAACCAUAUGCUGUUAACAAAACAGUCAUUUUGCAUCUAGUUCACUCUUACCUAGUUUAGUCCAUGAUAUUGUAUGUACCUGUGAGAGCAUAUCCAGAUGCUGUGUUCUCUAUUAAAAACAGUAUUGUCUGAUCAGAAAUGUGUGGCCCUUCAUUUAUGGAUAUUGAAUAUAUGUGAUGCAGUGCUAGCCCAAUAUUUUCAAU